UUAUGAUGAGUUUAAUUAUUUUAUAAAGACUUUUCCUCAGCUGUUAUUGAUGUUUAAAGGGAUUAUCUGACUAUGUUUCAAGAAUGUUAUUUGUUGAUAAGUACUUUUGGGGGUACUCACUCGAGCAACGAAGCCUUUAAUUAGUUUAAGAUAGCAAACACAUGGAAGUUUUUUGUUAGAAUUUUUUUUUGCUUUCAAAGAUGACAAGGAAUAUUUUCAUAUUGUCUCCUUCAACAAGUUUAGUACAUAUUCUCUCUACACAGUAUAAAAUUACUGGAGGGUCCCAUUUCCUUAACAUUCUUUGAUUAGCACAAAAACAACAUUUGGCCCCUCCAUGCCUGCAUGUGUUUUAUUAUGUUUGUAUCCUUCUAAUCACAAUUAUCUCUCCGGUGCAUGUGUGUGUGUGUUUAUAUGUUCACACAUUAUACAUAGAUAGGAAUGAAACAUGUCUGCAUCUAUUGCUUGGCUACUUUAUUACUCUCUAGCAAAGAUAUAGAGAGGCUCUGUUGCCAAAUGUUAAAGUAGUAUAGGCUAGUACUACUCUAUGCAACUGAGAAUAUAUCCUCCCACAUUAGCUCAAUGAGUGCUACGAUAUGGUCUACAUUGUUCAUAACGAAGAAAAAAAACAAAUAUUAUGUUCCUUGAAUGAUAUCUUUGCAUUUAUUUGAUACCGAACCAAACUUUAUAGGAGAUAUCUCAUGGUUGUGAUUUCUCAAUACACUUUAUUCGGUUAUUGGGGAAGGAAGAACCUAUCAUAACCUUAAGCAUAUUACCAAAACAGUUGAUCCCCAUGUGGGGUGAGAAUAUGCUUUUCAUGUUGUGUGUUGCAAGUCUCUAUAAAAAAAAGUCUACUUGAAUGAAUCUCAUCAAACUCACUCUUCUCAUAAAAAAGUUUGUAUCUAAUUACAGUGCUUUUGUAAAGGUUAUCCAGUGAACUAGUUCCUAACCCUAUCAAAAUUUUCAUAAUUUGUAGACAAUUCUUGAUAUUAUUUCACUUUUAUCGACUGCAAGUCAUAUAUUGAGUUCACGGCAAAAAGUUGAACAAGAAAGAUUUGAGAUUUUGUAACAAUUCUUAUUACACACUCUCUCAGUCACCCUUUUACACAUUGGAAUAGUCACUGUUGAAAGUGAAAAGAAAGAGAGAGUGUGUGUGUUUGUGUGAUAGAGACUAAAUGUUCUUUCUUGUACGUUCAUUUAACAGAUUCUUAAUGAUGCUUUUGAAGCUCUCUGCGUAGGGAGAAUACUUGUACACAUGGGCUACAUUCGCCUGGAAAAAUAAAUAAAUAACCCACGGAAUUGUAUUCUUUUGCUUAUGAAAAAUAAAAUAAAAUAUAGGAAAAUAGAAAGUGGGUUCUCUUCAUGCGAUUCUGCAGAAUGAGAAUCAGAAACUCCGAAGGAAAAUAAAGUGUAAAAAGGUGAGUCGCAUUCUUAAGCCAAGAAUAACCAGAUGAUAAUUAAAAAAACGAAAAAAAAAAAAACUAUUCGAGGUUCGUUUUCUUUCCACUUAUAGCUAGUCUUGUUUCAUUACGUGUUAACAUCAUUGACUAGAAGAAGAUUAGCUUUCAAUUUAAUGUUUUUCGUUUUUUUUCCAUUGCUUGUUCAUCGUGGCUUAUGUCUCGGGUUCAUAUAUAGUCUAAGGAGCUUAAAAAUUUAACCAAGUCAUACAAUGAACCACCUGUAAUUUGCUGUAAUAGUUGUUUCAUCAGCUUGUGCUGCACCUGCAGGUUUAAAAAUCAUAUACAAUUAUACAUCCUCUUGUUUUCCUUGCCAAUGUAGAAAAUAUUUCAACUAGUGAAAGUUAUAGAUGUCUUUGGCAUUUACUAAAUUGAAACAUUAGUGGUCUUGGUAGUUAUAUAUGUUUGAUGUAUAAUAAUUCAUUAAUCCUAGUUAAAUGAUGUUUCCAAAAAAAAAUUCAUAACAAUGUUAUUCACUUAUUGUGUAUCUUACAAGAAAACGACAGAAAAUUUUGCUUCAAUAAUAAGAAACUGUGCGUCUCUAUGAAAUUACUGAUUUAUUGUGCAAAUUUAGUAAAAUUGUCAAAGUUUUUAUCGAUGGUUUGUUCAAUACGCUGCUAAUCAAAAUUGUUAAGUUUUCUCUUUGACGGUUUUGUCUUUUCAUUCUUGAUAUACAAGAACAUCAAUAAAUGUUAAGAAGUAACGUUUCCCUUUUUAAUCUUAAGCAUUAAUUCGAAUGCAAAAUCGAAAAUUCCUAUUUCCAAAAACCAUGUACAGAAAUAACUGUCAUUACUUGAGACACAAGAAUUCAGUUAAAGCGUUUCCUUUUUCCUUCAGUUUCGACUAAAAGUCGAACAUUAUUACCAAAUUAAAACCAUACAUAAAUGGAAAUUGUUUCUCAAUAUUUUCCUUUUUCAUAAUGUGAAAAAGGAUACUAUUUCUCUCCAAGUUCUAAACCAAUUCCUAUAUAAACAAAGAUAGCUGCAAGACACUAAUCACAAAUCAUAAUCUUUCACAAGCUCUCAAUAUCACAGUUUAAAACCCAUUAUUUUCGUAAUUUUCUUUAAAAGUUCACAAUGGAGAAGAUUCUUGACGGAAGAACUAAUGGAGCACUCAAGAAGACCAAGAUCGUGUGUACUCUUGGACCAGUGUCCAGAUCUGUUGAGAUGAUCGAGAAGCUUCUCAAAGCCGGUAUGAACGUAGCUCGUUUCAACUUCUCCCAUGGUACUCACGAGUACCACCAAGGAACUCUCGAUAAUCUAAGAAUCGCCAUGAAGAACACUGGUAUCUUGUGUGCCGUCAUGCUUGACACAAAGGGUCCUGAGAUUAGAACCGGCUUUCUCAAAGAAGGCAAACCGGUUCAGCUAGUUCACGGUCAAGAGAUAACAAUCUCAACUGAUUACACCUUGGAAGGAGAUUCAAACACAAUCUCGAUGAGCUACAAGAAGCUUGCAGAAGAUCUCAAGUCAGAGGACAGGAUUCUUUGUUCCGACGGGACAAUCUCUAUGACUGUCUUGUCCUGUGACAAGGUUAACGGUCUUGUCCGUUGCAGAUGCGAGAACUCAGCAACCCUAGGAGAGAAAAAGAACGUUAAUCUCCCAGGAGUUGUAGUUGAUCUCCCAACACUUACGGAGAAAGAUCAAGAAGAUAUUCUCAAGUGGGGUGUUCCAAACAAGAUCGAUAUCAUCGCUCUUUCCUUUGUUCGUAAAGGAUCUGACCUAGAUCUAGUCAGGGAGUUACUUGGAGAUCACGCAAAGAGUAUCGUGCUUAUGUCAAAGGUUGAGAAUCAAGAAGGAGUGAGGAACUUCGACAAGAUUCUCAAGAACUCUGACGCAUUCAUGGUGGCUAGAGGCGAUCUAGGUAUGGAGAUUCCGAUCGAGAGGAUCUUCCAAGCUCAGAAGAUGAUGAUCGAGAGAGCUAACGCUGUCGGGAAACCAGUCGUGACAGCCACACAGAUGCUUGAGUCUAUGACUAAAUCUCCUCUUCCGACAAGAGCCGAGGCUACAGACGUGGCCAACGCUGUCCUCGACGGAACGGACUGCGUCAUGCUUAGCGGAGAAACCGCCGCCGGAGCCCACCCUGAAGCCGCCGUGAAAAUCAUGGCGAGAAUCUGUAAGGUGGCGGAGGAAACCCUUGACUACGAUGCCGUGCAUAAGAAGAUUCAAGAAGCUGUGCCCUUGCCGCUGUCUACAGUGGAAGACCUAGCCGCUUCAGCCGUCUCCAAGGCGAUGAGUCAUGGAGCCAAGGCGAUUGUGGUUCUCACCAAGGGAGGAUACACGGCGGGGCUUGUGGCGAAGCACAGGUCAAGCGUUCCGAUUCUGUCGGUGGCUGUUUCGGAUGAUUUGGAGUCGAGGUGCUCUCUUUCGGUGGCGAAACGUGGUUUGAUUUACCGUGGAAUCAUUCCGGUGGUUGCGAACAGUGGUUCGGCGGAGGAGGCGACGAGAUUCGCGGUUGAGUUCGCCAAGGAGAAGGGAAUCUGUAAGGUUGGAGACUCUCUUGUCUUGGUGCAUUACAUUGAUGGUUCCUCUGUUAUCAAGACUCUGCUUGUGGACUAGACUGGUCUUUUCUUAGGACAUGGGGUCAGUUUUGAAGUUUUGUGGGGUCACAAUUAGUGUCGGAGAAAUUUAGUUUUAGCCUCUUUUUAUCGCAUUAUUAAAGGUUUUUGACAUUUUCUAAAGUUACGUGCAUGGAACAUUAAACGCAUACGUGCUUGUCUUCUUAGAUAUUAUAUAUGGGCUUAUGUUUGGGCCUUUUAUGCUA